AUAUUACAAUAAGUAUUUUAUUUAUUACUAUUAAACUCUUAAGGAAGUUAGUUAUUCUCUUUUCUAUGAUUUAUACUCGGAAUUAAAACUGAAAACUAUUUAUUUUCUGAUAGUGGAAGUUCGCUUAUAUUCGUUUUUGAAUCACUGUCUUAUCCACUCUUAUUACGCAUAGGACAUAUUAAUAAUAAUCAUUUUCCGAGAGAGCCUCAUUUGAGUUCUAUCAUUGAGUAUAUAUACUAUAUAUACUCAAUGGUUCUAUCUUAAACGCUGGUUUAAUAAUUUAAAGGGCACAGCGCCCUGCGCAGACCGUACUCCGUAGUGAGCACUGAGCAAAUAUCACUUGGGACUUGGGUAACUAUAAUUUCACUAUCACUUUUAUAGUGGAUGCAGAUGACUGGUGAUUGGUGAAGGUAAUUGGUAGGAAUGUCAGCCGUCAGGCGCUCUGGCCUCUGACUUCGGUCGUCAUCCCCACCACCUGUCGAGGUAUUCGGUAAAUAAGGCUCUAUCCAGCUGCCAGCAUCCCUUGCGGUAAUCACUAAUCACGAUGACUUCACAAGGAAGACUCGUCUUGUUGAUGCCUAUUGCCUACAACACCGAAAGUACCGUUGCUAAUGGAUUAUUUAAAAGUAACCAAAUAAAAUUAAAAAAAUAUUAAACCAGAACGAAAGAUUUUUGUAUUUAUAUCCUAAAUGAUACACUAAAGGUCUACAAUUUUUCAGUAGUAUGAUGGAGUGGUAUGUAAGAUUGUUAGUGAACCAUCCUCGCAAGGUUAUAGCUGUUGUAAUUGUGUUGUGUAUGACUACUAUCGUGAUACCACAUAUAGUUGGACAACGACCUCAGUUUUCACACCCUGAACUUGGGUUUGAAACACGAGGUACUGAAAUUGGAGAUCGACAAGUAGCUUGGGACAACUUGAUCAAGGCACUGGAAAAAGGUUAUGAAUUAUUAGACGACGUUACAAGGAUUCCAUUAAAUGCAUUACCACAAAACUAUGAUCAAGAAAUGACGCUCUCAAAAGAUGAGCCAAAAUUACAUUUUGAUUAUGUGCAGCAAAAUGUUGUAACUUCAAGUGACAUGUCAAAAAAAACUGUACCUCAUACUACUGAGUUUGAUGAUGAAGUAUUUGAGGAAACUGAAGUGAUGACGUUAAGAAAUGAUAAAAAAACACGGAAAAAUCGACUUAAUUUCUUUUGUUCCAAACCAACUUAUGAUCAUGCAAGAGUAGUUUUUACUCUUAAAGAAGGCAACGAUCUUCUCUCAUAUGAAGCAGUAAAACAUAUGUGCAUUAUUCAGCAACAACUAGAAAAUUUAGAUGCAUAUAAGGAUGUUUGUGACCAACAAGAACAUGCAUGCUGUCCACCGUGGUCAUUAGUUAAUUACAUAACACUAUUAAAAAAACAUAAGUCCUGUUCAGAAAUUACACCAAAUGACAUUAAUUCUACGGUUACAAUACUUGAAGGAUGUGCUCAUUAUUAUCAUGAUGAUGAACUCGUAGAGUGGACUCGAGGUUAUAGAUCAAUACCACAUCAAUGUAUACAGUUUAAUGUUGUUUAUAAUCUAAUGCAUUAUCAUUUGGAUGUUAAUUUUAUGCCACCACAUGCUCCUACACAAGUUCUUACGAGUUCAAUGAUGUUUUUACCAUUUGGAAAAGGGUCUAUUAUACAUGUUUAUAAAGCUAUGAAAGAUGCAAAUUUAUCCACCUCAUUAGUUGAAAUUUCUGCUAUUGAUUUUGGGAUUAAAGAUACCCUGUUUGAUAUUGAGCUUGUGCAAGACAUCAACUUUGUUGGGCUUAGUCUAUUUUUCAUCUCAAGUUGUGUGUGGUUUUACACAUGGUCAUGGAUUAUCACUGCUGUUACACUAUUAAAUAUAGUAUUCUCUUUAUCGGUUUCCCAUUUUAUUUAUACUUUCAUAUUGCGUAUUCAAUUUUUCCCAUUUAUGAAUGUUCUUGCAAUAAUUGUGCUCAUUGGAGUCAGUGCAGAUUCAGCAUUUAUUAUGUGUGAUGUUUGGAAAGUGGUGAAGUUCAAUGACCACACUGAUUCUUUAGAUGACAUUAUUUCAAAAACAUUGAAACACUCGUUAUUAUCUAUAACACUCUCAACUGCCACAACAUUUUGUGCUUUUGCUUCUUCGUUUGUAAGCGCAAUAAACGGAAUAAGCUGUUUUAGUAUAUUUUCAGCUAUGGCUGUAUUCAUCAACUUACUAAUUACAGUUAGUCUUUUACCAGCUUGUAUUGUACUUUUAAGUUCUAAAUACAAGAACCAAUCAAUAAUAUUAAAUAUCGGAUCAAUUAAUAAAUUGAAGAAAAUUGAGCAGUUUUUACGAAAAAUCCAAACAGUGUUUAACUCUUGGUUAUUAAAAAUUGUGUUUCGUUUUCGAUGGGUUUGGAUUAUACUAAUCUUCAAUUUGGGUCUUUUGAGUGUUUGUGUCUUAUGGAUAUGGCCUGGAAUGAAACUACCAGAAUCUGUUGAAUUUCAACUUUUUCGAGAGUCGCAUCCUUUUGAACAAUAUGAUUUAGUAUAUAAAAAUCAAUUUUGGUUUGAACGAGUGAGAAGGAUUGACAAUAAUCCAGAAAAUCGCGUCCCACUUCGUUUUGUAUGGGGAAUAUUACCUACUGAUACAGGUUAUCAUCUAGAUCCAGAAGAUCAUGGUGAUUUGGUCUAUGAUCCAGAAUUUGAUAUGGCCCAUCCGAAAUCACAAGACUGGCUAUUGCAUUUCUGUGUAAAUUUACGUUCACAGCCUUUCUUUAGAGCCGUUGGUGGGCCACAACUGACUAAUUGCUUUAUGGAAACAUUUAUCAGAUGGAUGGAUCGACCUUGCGUUAGUCCUGUUGAACAGAAUCGUUGGCCUUGUUGUAACACCUAUCAGUUUCCAUUCCCGAGAAAUAUAUUUCAUUUUUGUAUAGUUAGAGCUAUGUAUAUUAUUUAUAGCACUCCGAAUAAUUUAUUUGUUCCUACUGUGGCCGGUCCCAAGUUUUCAAAUCCAUUGUUUCAUCCUAAAAAUCAAUCACGUUUGCCAAUUAUGAAAGCUGUUGUUGUGGAGUAUGAAAGUAACUUUGUCUUUACUACAUCUUAUGUCGAUAUGGAAAAUUUUUAUAAACAAGUUGAAUCCUGGUCAUCCAAAACAAUGGAAACGGCACCACCUGGACUUAGAAAUGGUUGGUUUUAUAGCCACCUAGGCUUCUAUGAUCUACAAAAAGCGUUAAUCGAAGACACCAUUAUGUCAGCUAUUAUUGCUUUAGCUCUAGCUUUCAUAAUUAUGUUCUUUGUGACCAUGAGUAUUUCAUUAACUAUGAUUACCGUCACAACUAUAUUCUUCAUAAUUAGCUCUACGAUAGCAAUACUAGUUUUAAUGGGCUGGCGACUCAAUGUCAUGGAAUCAGUCGUUACUUCGGUAGCUAUUGGUUUGUCUGUAGAUUUCAGCUUACAUUACACUGUUGAAUAUCUAAUGGCUUGUGAAGAAUUACCCAGAGCAACAGCUGUAUCAAAAGCAUUAUCGUUGUUGGCAUGUCCGUCACUGAUGGGUGCAAUAACAACAGGUGCUAGCGGAGCAUUUAUGUUACCUUCAGAUGUUUUGCCAUAUGCCCAGUUAGGCAUAUUUUUAAUAAUAAUUAUGAUGAUUAGUUGGUUCUAUUCAACCUUUUUCCUAGUAUCGUUAUUGUCAGUAUUCGGUUCUAAUUAUAGACAAAGCGCCGCCUACCCUUCUCGUUGCUGUAGAAGAAUGUGUGGUGUGGAUGAAAAUGAACAAAAUAGAACCCAUAUAAGACAGGCCUCUCCAUUUUCUAAUGUCCCAUCCGAAUCAACAGUGUCAUGUAUAAGUACAGCUGUUGUAAACCAAACUUCGGCCCAUGAAUUGGAUACAUUAACUGUACAUUCAGUGAAACCCCAGUCAUCAAACUCAAAAACCACAACUUGUUUGUAUUUGAAGGUUGACGAAUCGUCAAAAAUGGGAGACUCUAAUAGUGGUAUACAUAUUUAGAUUGUUAUUCUUCUGUAAAUUAUAACAAUAAGUUAUAACACAUUUCCAAACCUUUUUAAAAAUCUGUCGGAGAUAAAAUGUUAAUUAUUUAAUUGAUAUGAAGUAUCUAAACUAAAUAUAAUAGUUGAUGUAAGCAGUUUUAAUUUUGAUCUCAAAAGCAUGUAUUUUGUUUUAUUGUUGAUUUUCAAGACGGAUAAACAUAACUAUAUUUUAAAUUGUAGUUAAUUUCAUUAAAGUAAAUACUAAAUACUUGUAUUAAUGUAUUUUAGUAGCCUAAUUCAGUUUAUAAAAUCACGCUAGGCUUAAUUAUAAGAAAAUGAUCGAAUUAAAAAGCAAUUGAUUAGUGAGACAAGUUGAUAUGGCCAUAUGAACCAAAAAGUACAUAUUUCUCAUGCCUUCUUAUUUUAUCUGCUGAUUAACUAUUAUUAUUAUUCAUUUUGUGUUUAUUUAGGAGAAUGCAAUUGUCAAAAAUUACUGUAUAGUUGGCUAAAUUGAGCAAGUAAAAGUAUUCUACUAAUCAUAACUAUGUUUUUUGUCUGUAUCUAAGAUUUAAAUGGAAUCUUUUGAGUUGUUCUUUAUUAGAUAAAAUAGUUUUAUUAACUAAAAUUAAAAUGGUAAACUACAACAACGUGAAUAUGUAUUUAUAUAUAUAUAUCAUUUAUAAUCUUUAGAAGGCAAAAAAACUGUUAAUUUGUGCUCUCUUAAGUAUAACCAAUACCUACCUCGUAAAAAAAAGCUCAUUUCGUUGUAGCCAUGAAAGGUAUAAUUUACCUCUACCUAAGUUACCUUUAUAUUUUUAAUUUAGUAUAAUUCGUUUUAAAUUAAUUUGUUUUAUUUAAGAAUAAUGCAUUUAUUAUUACUCUUGAAUAUAUUUUUAAAUUGUGUUAUAUAAAUGAACGUGUUAAUUUGUUUUGAAAUUUGUUUCUGUUAUUCAAUUUUUGUGUAAGUUGUAUUCUGUGUCUGUGUAAUGGUAUUAAUUACAUUAAGUAUAUUAUUAUUUGUUAUAAAUUUGGAUUGUUCUUAAUGGGUCGUAGGUUCAAGUAUAGUAUUAUUUGAUAUUGUAUUGUAGACAAAAUCAUAAACUUUUCUAAAAAAUUUAAUUUUGAAAACUAUUUGUCCCAAAAAUAACAGUUGCUUAAUGAAAUUUGUAUUACAAUACAUUAUUCCUCCAAUUAGAUUAAUGUACUGGCAAGUACAUUAAUAAGUCCGUAACAAAUUUGUCAAUUUUCCUUUGCUUUAUUAAUAUUCUUAACUUUUAAACUAAUUCUGUAGUAUUUUUUAAAUUAACAUACAAUUUAAUGUAAUUU